GACGUCCAGUGGCCAGCGCAGCACCCCGCCUAUGGGAGAAAACUGGUGGAGAAGCUGGUGGGCAACCUCCUCCGUGCCUGCCAAGAGCUCCUCUUCAACAGUUUCUUCCCGGUGCUGCAGCCAGCCAUUAAGGUGGGCAGCGCCUUUGAAGGUUGGGCUCCCCGUGAGGAUGAUGCUGUCUACUGCCUGCUCCUACCUCUGAAGCCCCCCCGUGGGCACACCUUCCACCUGGAGCUGGACACUCCGGAGGAGAUACCGGUGACAAACUCCAGGGUCCGCGUGGAGCUGAAGUGCACCUGCAUGGAGGUGCAGCUGGUGGGCAAAAUGCUCUGCUUUGUCCACCGCCCUGAGCAGGAGCUCAGGAGAAAUCAGGGUCCCAGCCUCCUACACACCCUGUGCACAGACUCCUACCUAGAUGUGGAGAAAACUGCCCACUGGUUCCAGAGCUUUGUCAGCUCAGCCUGGGCGAGGGUGCCUCAGUCGCGUUCCUACGACAUGAAGGUGCUGCCCUCCAGCCGCUCCUGCAAGCUGCAGCUGACAGAUACCUCCGGGAGAACUGCCCUUGUUGAGAUAAUUUUUGGGGUGCAGCAAGGCGACUCGGACAUCUUCCUGAGCAGCGAGGGUAGAGACGACAUCUUCCUCACCCGAAGCACCAUAUGGCCAGAGAGCUACGCUGUGGCAGAGGCAAAGUUCUUCAGUCACGUGGCCAGGCAGGCCCCGCGUAACAGCUUCCACCUCAAAUGCCUGCAGCUCUGGGCCAGCAUCCUGGAGGGCACAGGCUUCACCACCUAUACCUUGAAGACAGUUGUGAUGCACCUCCUGGCCACCACACCCCUGUCAGGCUGGCGCAGGAGGGAUUUCCUGCUGCGGCUGGAGGAUAUCAUGCGGCUCCUGCACUGCUGCCUGGAGGACAAAUGCCUCGUCCACUUCUUCUUUGGCAACGAGAAUGUGCCCGAGGAGAUAAUCUUGCCCCCAGCCUUCAAAACGGCCAAGCCAUACAACCUCUUCUACCACCUGCUGCACUCUCCGGCCGACCAUGCCCAGGCACUGCGUGACUACAUGGAGCUGCAAGAUCGACUCAUAACACUGCUGUACUACGGACACUGA